AUGGCUUCACCCGUCCUAAGCCGAGCGGCAGCCUCGUUUGCCCGCUCUUGCAGCAGACCGGCAACAUCAGCCACAGAGACGCUACGAAAUACUUCACCAAUAUCCAGACUCAUCAGGCAACGAACAUUCUCUGCAUUUGCGCCCCGGCGCCAACAGUCAAGUUCACCGACGGCAACAAAGUCAAGGUCAACACCAAAACCAUCAACAUCAACGGCUGGCACCACAGCGACGGCUUCCCCAAUCUCCUGGUGGACGGGCCAGCGAGCUUUCGCCGCUGCGGCCGCUGCUGGUUUGGCUGGCUGGGGUCUGGCGGCCGUCUACUUUGGCGGCUGGCGCGGUGGCGCGGCCAUGCGACUCGACAGCGAGCGCACGACCGUAUCGCGCUACGCCGACAUGCGGGGCAUGGAGGUCGCCAUCGAUGAUAUCCGCAGGGAGAUCAAGACAGCCGGAUUUGAAAACAGCGAUGACAUUAUUUCCACCGACCCAGAGGAUCUGCUUGCUCACGGCUAUUCCGAAUGGUCCAGCACAAACCCGGACGGCCUACCGGUCGCCGUGGCGUAUCCGCGGUCUACCGAGCAGGUAUCCAUCAUCAUGCGUAUAUGCCACGCCCACCGCGUGCCGGUGAUCCCCUUCUCUGGCGGCUCGAGUCUCGAAGGCAACUUUUCCGCGCCCUACGGUGGCAUCAGCGUCGACUUUGCCUACAUGGACCAGAUCAUACAGUUCAACAAGAGCGAUAUGGACAUCGUCGUGCAGCCAAGCAUCGGCUGGCAGGACCUCAACGACCAGCUGGCGACUAUGGACAGCGGCCUCUUCUUCCCCAUUGAUCCUGGCCCGAGCGCCAAGAUUGGCGGCAUGAUCGGUACAAACUGCUCCGGCACCAAUGCCGUGAAAUACGGCACGAUGAAGGACUGGGUCAUCAACCUGACUGUCGUGCUGGCCGACGGUACCGUCAUCAAGACCCGCCGCCGCCCACGCAAGUCGUCUGCUGGCUACAACCUCAACAGUCUCUUUGUCGGCUCCGAGGGCACUUUGGGCCUAGUCACGGAAGCGACGCUCAAGCUGACCGUCAUACCCGAGGAGCUGUCCGUGGCCGUUGUGACAUUCCCCACCAUUCGCGAUGCAGCGUCGGCUGCCGCCGAGGUCAUGCAGACCGGCAUACCCGUCGCUGCCAUGGAGAUCAUGGACGAGGUCCAGAUGCAUGUCGUAAACCUUGGUGGCGCCACCGCGCCCCGCGUGUGGAAAGAGAUGCCUACGCUCUUCUUCAAGUUUGCCGGCACCAAGGCCAGCGUGCGCGACAAUAUUCAGAACGUCGCCAAGAUUACAGCUCGCAACCGCGGCUCCAACUUUGAGUUUGCCAAGGACGCCCGUGAGCAGAAGCUUUUGUGGUCCGCGCGCAAAGAGUCCUUGUGGUCCAUGCUGGCGCUGCGCAAGGCCGGCGAGGAGGUGUGGAGCACCGACGUGGCCGUGCCGUUCAGCCGCCUGGCCGACAUCAUCGAGGUCAGCAAGAAGGAGAUGGACGAUCUGGGCUUGUUUGCCAGCAUUCUGGGCCACAUUGGCGACGGCAACUUCCAUGAGAGCAUCAUCUACAACCGUGCCGACGUGGGCGAGCGCGCCAAGGUCGAAGCGUGUGUCAAGAACAUGGUCAAGCGCGCGCUGGACAUGGAGGGCACCUGCACGGGAGAGCACUCUAUCGGCUGGGGCAAGAAGGACUCGCUCCUGCUCGAAGUCGGGCCGGCGACCUUGGGCGUUAUGAAGGCCAUCAAGGCGGCUCUGGACCCGCACUGGAUUUUGAACCCUGGCAAGAUCUUUGACCAGCAAUACCUUGUCCAGGCGUAG